GUGUCACUUUUUUCGCAAGAGGGUUAUGUUAUAUAUUAUAUAUAUAGUAAAUAUAAACAAUAAUGUAUUGAAAUAAUAAUUUUGUAAGUAAGUCAUAUAAAUAAGUAUGGAAAAAUAUGAACUAUUGAGCCAAAUUGGCGAGGGUUCAUUUGGUCAAGUGUACAAAGCGAAAACGCGCGGUACUGAUGAAAUUGUCGCUGUCAAAAUAAUACGGAAACGAGGACGUUCCUGUAAAGAAUUGAAAAGUUUGCGCCAAGAAUGCGAGAUCCAGAAGUACUUGAGCCAUCCCAAUAUCGUGCGGAUGAAAGAUUCCUUCGAAACCGUCGACGAGAUCGUCGUGGUAACGGAGUAUGCUGAUAAAGAACUGUAUGAAAUUUUAGGGAAAACUGGACGAUUUAGUGAAGAAUUCGCGCAAAAAAUAAUAUGCGAUCUCGUAUCUGCGCUCUAUUAUCUGCAUUCCAAUCGAGUAUUACACAGGGAUUUGAAACCGCAGAAUGUUUUAUUAGAAUCAAAUGGAAUCGCUAAAUUAUGUGACUUUGGAUUCGCCCGGAUAAUGAGCACCCGAACCCAUGUCUUGACUUCCAUCAAAGGGACUCCUCUAUACAUGGCACCAGAAUUAAUCGAAGAGUGUCCUUAUGAUCAUAACGCCGACCUCUGGUCACUCGGAUGUAUCGCUUACGAAAUGAUUGUCGGCACUCCUCCAUUUCAAACGACGUCAAUUCUCCACUUGGUCAGACUCAUCAGAUUUGAAUCUAUUAAAUGGCCGGAUUUUAUUUCACCAACUUGUCGAAGUUUUUUGCAGGGAUUACUUCAAAAAAUUCCAUCGCAACGUCUGACAUGGCCAGACUUACUCGAGCAUCCGUUCGUAAGAAACCGGAUCCUGAUAAUCGAUAGCCCAUCAUCAUUCACCGCUCCGUUGUCCAGCAGCCAAGCUCACGCGAAGCAGCAGCAAUUCGAGCAUCUGUCCAUGCGCGCACUCGAUAAAUCCCAUACCCUAGACAACCCUGGGUGCGUUUCUCAGCCGAUCUACCCGCUGAUCAAUCGGUUUCAUCCGUUCGUCUCCGCGGACGCUUACACGUCGAGACAAAACGGAACCAGUUCAGGUUCCACUGCGAGCGUUGAUGUCCUGCUGAGUAAUUUAAGCCUGCGCGCUUCACUCCAGAGCGAUUUGCUGUCAGCUGAUCAAUCAGACGAAAUAAAUUGCACGGACAGCGCGUGUCUGAGUCAGCAACAGUUUUUGUCUCUUAGCGACAACAUCAAUAAUAUUUAUGACAAUUUUACUGAGGGAGAGACACCGGUCGAGUAUCGCGAUGGACUAGCCGAGGAUAUUAGCAAAGAAAGCCGCGAUCAAGACCCAGAGACGGACCACGACCUGGACCAAGUAGCGGGUGAUUGUAAUCUUAAAAAACUUCCUGACUGGGAUGCUAAGGCCGUUGACCAGCAUAUAGAGAACGAGGAAUGGCUGGCGUUCCUGCAGCAGUCGAUUGAAGAAGUGAUCGAAGGAGAGAUCACUUCUCUUGUUGAGGAAACCUGCGUUUCUAUUUUUGUUUCUCCAUUGAGAAAUUCCACUGCGAGUAGUCAAGUUGUUGAGUAUAUCGCCUGCUUACUGUCGCUGCCGUUCGUCAUUAAAAUAAAUCCUGAGGAUUUGAUUAAAAUAAAACGGGUUUACUAUGAGGUAAAAGUUGUGCCGAAUUUAAUUUGCGCGAUGAAUAUUAUUUUGCAGAGACUUAAAGAAGUUAAGUCUGAAGAUGACUGCGCUAAAACGGCCUCGAUGCUCUCUCCUGAACAACUGCAGGCACUGGAGUCCGCGAUGCUGGUGCUCUGCAGGCUGGUGCACAGUGAGGAAAAAUUUUUAGUUCAAUUUUGCCAGGCUGUUGAUAUCGUCAAUGGGGUGACGUUGCUCAGAGAACUACUGAGUUUGGAGAAAAGAAAGGUCAGAAUUGUAGCUGAUUCGCUGGCGAUUCUUAAUAAUAUUCUGCGAUUGCUGCCGGCUAAUAUUGAAUUAGUUGAGAAAGUGGUUUUUGGACAGCGGGAGUCACAUGAGCAGCUCAGCAAAUUGUUAACUCAUAGCCAAAUUAUUUUGAGAACGAGAACUUGCACUCUGAUAAGAUUAUUGGGGAGGCUACGGUCUAAAUUUUUUAAACAGAUUUGGGAUAAACAAUUGGAAAGUCUGUUAAGGACGUUAGCUAAUGAUGAUAAUGAGAGCGUUAAAAAUAUCGCGUGCCGAACUAUUGAUGAGCUUGUAAAUUGUUGAUAACAUUUUGAAAGACUGAUUUAUUUUAUGUUUAUAAUUAAUAAUAAUAAUAAAUAUAGAAUUUAUAAAAAUAAAAAUAAUGAGUCUUGAUAAUUA